AUGGAAUUGAUGGACAUGGGUUCCAUGGCUGCCUCGAUCGGCGUUUCGGUCGCCGUCCUCCGUUUCCUCCUCUGCUUCGUCGCUACGAUUCCUGUCUCCUUCGCAUGGCGAAUCGUUCCGAGUCGACUCGGUAAACACGUAUAUUCCUUCGCUUCAGGUGCUUUCCUCUCUUACCUAUCCUUCGGUUUCUCUUCCAAUCUCCACUUCCUCGUUCCGAUGACGAUCGGUUAUGCUUCCAUGGCGAUUUAUCGACCCAAGUGUGGAAUCAUCACAUUCUUCCUGGGGUUCGCUUAUCUCAUUGGCUGUCAUGUGUUUUACAUGAGUGGAGAUGCGUGGAAAGAAGGAGGAAUUGACUCUACUGGAGCGUUAAUGGUGUUGACAUUGAAAGUUAUAUCGUGUUCGAUAAAUUACAAUGAUGGGAUUUUGAAGGAGGAAGGUCUACGUGAAGCUCAGAAGAAAAACCGAUUGAUUCGGAUGCCGUCUUUGAUUGAGUACUUUGGUUACUGUCUCUGUUGUGGUAGCCAUUUUGCUGGUCCAGUUUAUGAAAUGAAAGAUUAUCUCGAAUGGACCGAAGGAAAAGGGAUUUGGGAUACUUCUGACAAAAGAAAGCAGCCAUCGCCUUAUGGAGCUACAAUCCGAGCUAUUCUUCAAGCUGCGAUUUGCAUGGCUCUGUAUCUCUAUUUAGUGCCUCAAUACCCGUUAACUCGGUUUACUGAACCCGUGUACCAAGAAUGGGGAUUUUGGAGAAAAUUUGGUUACCAAUACAUGGCGGGAUUAACGGCUCGGUGGAAGUAUUACUUUAUCUGGUCAAUUUCAGAGGCUUCUAUUAUCAUCUCUGGUUUGGGUUUCAGUGGUUGGACUGAUGAUGCUUCACCAAAGCCUAAAUGGGACCAUGCCAAGAACGUAGACAUUCUCGGUGUCGAACUUGCUAAGAGCGCGGUCCAGAUUCCGCUUGUAUGGAACAUUCAAGUCAGCACGUGGCUUCGUCACUACGUGUAUGAGAGACUUGUCAAGAACGGGAAGAAAGCAGGUUUCUUCCAGUUACUAGCUACACAAACCAUCAGUGCGGUUUGGCAUGGACUGUAUCCUGGUUAUAUGAUUUUCUUUGUUCAAUCAGCUUUGAUGAUCGCCGGCUCACGGGUUAUUUACCGAUGGCAGCAAGCGAUCAGUCCGAAACUAGCUGUGAUAAGAAAAAUCAUGGUGUUCAUCAACUUUCUUUACACCGUUUUGGUUCUCAACUACUCAGCCGUCGGUUUCAUGGUCUUAAGCUUGCACGAAACACUCACUGCCUAUGGGAGUGUAUAUUACAUUGGAACAAUCAUACCAGUUGUAUUGAUUCUGGUCAGUUACGUUGUUCCUGCAAAACCAUCCAGACCAAAACCGCGUAAAGAAGAAUAA